GGAAAGGAUUCUGAAAGAAAUGAAGGACACCAUCAGAAAUGAAGUCAGUAGCCUCAUGGCCUUCUGUUGACUGGACUGGCGUCUUGCCCUUGCAAGACACGCUGCAGGAUGUCUGCUGAGGUCAUCCAUCAGAUUGAAGAGGCGCUCGAUGAAGAUGAGAGGGAGAUGCUUCUCUUUCUGUGCCGAGAUGUUGUUGCAGAUGUGUCUGCAUUUAACGUCAGGGACCUUUUGGACAGUUUAAUUGAAAGAGGAAAGCUGACUGCCAUGGGCCUGGCUGAGCUGCUCUACAGAGUGAGGCGGUUUGACCUGCUCAAGCGGAUCUUGAAGAUGGACAAAAGGACAGUGGAGGCCCACCUGCUCAAUCACCCGCAUCUUGUUUCAGACUACAGGGUGCUGAUGACUGAGAUUGGUGAACAUUUGGAUAAAUCUGAUAUGUCCUCAUUAAUUUUUCUCAUGAAGGAUUAUAUGGGCCGAGGCAAGACAGCCAAGGAUAAGAGCUUCUUGGAUCUUGUGAUGGAACUGGAGAAGCUAAAUUUGGUUGCUCCAGAUCAAUUGGAAUUGUUAGAAAAAUGUCUGAAGAACAUCCACAGAAUAGACCUGAAGACAAAAAUCCAGAAAUACAAGCAAUCUGAUCUGAUGACUUCAUCACCCCACGCCCAUGACCAAAGAGUCUUGGCCUUCUCCAACACACCACCAGGCAGUUCUUAACAUUCCCACCUUCAAGAAAGAGUUUGCACCCCCAUUUCUGUACCUGGUGGAGGUGCUGUGGACAUUCAGGGCUUUUGAGGAUAUGCCCUGCUGCCUUGCUCCAGUGUUUGGCCUGAUCACCAUCCAACUCUGGGUGGGAUCUCGUCACUGGGGACCCAUGGGUGCCCUGCAUAUGUUCUGAGUUUCACAAAAUCUUCUCAUGAAAAAGGGCAUCUGUUCUGCUGAAAACCCCUCCCUGGGUAAAGGGGACCAGACUCACACUGGCCUUCUCUGGCAUGUCCCCCACCCCACGGUCUUUUAGACUCAGCCUCAGCUUGGGGCCUGUUAGCAGUCUACUGCCCCCAGAGUCACAGCCUGAAGGACAUGGCUGAGACCCAGUGAUCUAUAGAAUACCCCCCCCCACACACACACCUCCUACUCGACCCCAAAUGACUGAAAAAAGGUCAAGUACAAGAGUAGCAUUUUUAGUCCUUUCUUAAUGAUGCUGGUGGAAGAAGAGGCAUCUGAUCUGAUAUUUUGAAUUAAGUAAGGUGGCUGGGGAGCUGAGGGUGUUUUGAAAGAUGAUGAUGAUUGACCUUGGACUGAGCCAUUGUUGAAGAUUCAUUUAAUAAUAAUUGGUAAACCGUAACUCUCUUCUGCUUACAGCUCAAGGAGCAGAAACAAGUUAUGUAAAUGGCCUCCAGGCAUCUCUCCCAAACUUGAGUCUUAAGGAUCCUCCACAUAAUAACUUAAGGGUGAGUCUGGAGCAAAUGCGUGGAAUCACAGCAUGAAAAAGCUUCAGAGAUUUCAUGAAAAAAAACAACACAUAUU